AAAGGGAAAAAAGAAGUCUACAAAUUCCACGGAGGCAUGCAAAUGCAGCAGCCAUUUCCAUCCAGCCAACCCGGCACGGCUUUUGGCGCACGCGAGCCACGCAAAACUCCCAAAAGUCCUUCCUAUUUAAGACCCACACUCCAACGAGAGGCCAAAUCACCCGUCAGCUCACUUCAAAACAAGCAAACAAAGCCAAAUUAAACUGAGUAAGGACGCCAUGGCGCUUCUGGACAGCUGCUGCUACGACGACGGCGACUGCAGCUGGAGUACUACGGCGCUCGAUUCUGGCUGGGACUGGGAGCUCCGCUGCGAAGACGACGACAACGCCCGUGGAGGAGGCAAUCAUGGCGGCGCCGUCAGCUUCUUCCCCUCCUCCUUCCCCGCCAUGCCCAUGUUUGCAGGUCCGGAGUCGUCGCCGGGGUCGUCGUCGUCGAGCGGCGGCGGAGGAGGAUACCUGGAGGACGCCGUCGCCCACUGGAGCGACCGGUGCAAGCGGCAGAGGAUGACGGCGGCGGAGGAGCCAUUGUCGCCGCCGCGGUGCUCGGUACUCACGGCGGGCGAAGAGCUGCAAUGCCUUCUUCAGAGCUUCUGGGAUCGUCCUAGCAGCAGCGGCGGCAGCGGCGAGGCCGGGUCUCUCCUCCAUGAUUCGAAUAUCAUGGUCCCUGGCCCGGAAACCCGCAGCAUUGCCGGCUCAGGGGAGGAAGAGGAGGACGCAUCGGGCAAGGAGAAGGAGCAGGUGCAGGUGCAGGGGGUCCCGUUCUCACAGGCGUGGGGAGACGCAGCAGCAGGGGGGCCUCCUCCUGCCUUCUCCGGCACCGAGGAGCGAGCUGUCCGGACGCUGCGGCUGCAGAAGGCAACUACAGGCGGCAGCCAUUACUGCUACAACAGUAGUACUAGUAGCAGUGGCAGCGAGCCGUCCUCCUCGUCCUGUUCCAAGCUGGCUGCAGGGAAGAAAGGAGGCGGAGAUGUGCUGUACCCUUUUGCGGUUGUCAAGCCGCUGGGGCUGGAAGGCGGAGGCGGCGCGACGACGCUGAACGACGUCAACCGGAGGAUCCUGAAGCGGCCGGCGAGGCCAGUUCGGCACCCGGUGGGCGCGUUCUCGUGCGGCCCUGCCGUGUCGGCUCAUGGGCUAGGUAUGUCUGGGAAAGCAGUUGUUAGCCUCACGAGGAUCAGAACGAGAGGGAAGGGCACCAUAACCAUCAUCAGAACAAGAGACUGAAUGUAGUUGCAGAAGAACCAAGAGGCUGAAAAAGGGAAUCGGUUAUGUGAAGAGGCCGAUGAGUCUUCAUAUGGCAUGGAUCAUCAUCAUGAGGAAGAGUGGUUCCCCUUUUAAUUGUAUAGGCUUUUCCUCCCCGUUGUGACAAGCUUAACCAUUGUAAAUAAGUAGCAGCCAAGGUAAUCAACCGGAUCGGAGGCUUGUAGAUUCGGUAGCUUGCAACUUGGCAUCUCGAGACUGCAUCGACAUGUCAGUGUAUCGCUAUCCCUGCCAACCGCAUUGUGUCAAUUACCAGCCUUUCAUGAACUGUACUGCUCUCUCUGUCCAGAUGUCUCAAGUUUGUCAAAAUUUGAAUGUAUCUAGACAUGACUUAGCGUAUAGAUGCA